UAGUGCUCAAAUCUGUGCCACUCUGUUCAGUUUAGCGAGAAAGGAGAAAGUAUUAAUUCGGAAUAGAGCACUAAUUCGGCCGAGGGAGGGGGCUGAAAAAAAUAAGUGUUAACUCAGGACGGAAGACAGCAUUAAUUCGGUACAGGCAUUAACUCUGCACAAAGUUUAGGAGGGAGCAUAAAGUCAGCACAGAGAGCUGGGGGGGGGAUGGAAUACACAGUAAAUCAGCGCAGAGUUUAGGAAAGAACACAAGAGAUCACAGACACCGCACAGGAGGGAGUAUUAACUCAGCAUAGACCAACAAAGAUUGCAGGAAAGAUCUGAGAGGAGGGUCGAGUACAGGUCAGUACAACACAGCAUUUGGUCUGUGCUGCCCGCUUUGCCCAACUCGCAAAUAUCUUGACAUUUGUCGAUCCUGAUACACGGCGGAUCACUGAAAACUGGAACUUGUGUAAAUGCAUCAAUCGAUCAUCCAAUUAAAAGGGAGUCCAGAAAUGCCACAAGUGAAAUGUGAAACAAGUUCUUUAAGUGAAGUUACAUCUGAGAUUUCAAAUCUUGACGACUUGACUAUCUCACGGAAGACACGCACCGAUCAGAAGGAUCUUGCUUUACAUCGUGAAAAGACAGGCUACCCUGACUAUGUCUAUAAGAUUUCAGCUGACAUAUUUCAGAGCAUACAUGUUGAAAAACCUCCCUCCAGAAGACUUGUAAACUAUGAAAAAGAUCCAGAAAUGACCAUCCCAGAAAUCAAAGAUGAGAAGUUCCAACGCUGGGUGUAUGAGUUAGCCUUCAGUGCCCUGAAAUAUCAAGAUGUCUUAGAAGAGAUAUUGAUUAACAGCUGCUUUUAUCCAACUCAGCAAAUCUCUCUUGAUUCAACAAGUCUGGUGGUUAUUAUGUUGUACGAUUACCAAGAUCGUAAAUUCCAACCAAGAAGCAUUUCAGAAGCAGAACAGGAUGUAAUACCAGAAGUUAGAAAAGUAGAAAAAAGCCUUUACAGCUUUAAAACAAAACUCGCAGCUGCACUUGCUCGAUGCCGGAUUAAAAAUAAUGCAAUCUCCAUCGAUUUAAUUCUUCCGGAAUCUGUAAGAAAUCAAGAACGACGAGCUUCUUCUUUGCCACUCUAUGCCUGGAUAAAUAUAUUAAAGACAAGCCUUGAAGAGGUAACCAAUUUACUAGAGAGAGAGGGUUUUACAAAGGUGAAAUGUCCUCAGGAACUCGAGGGCCUGACUUUCUGUGAGGAUCGACACUGCCAGGAUGUGUUACUUUUUCCAACUCAUCUAACAGCUAAACUUUACGAAAUGGAACUUGUAACCAGUUACAAGAUGGUAAUUCAGGAUAAAGGCCGAAGCCUCGCACCACACUCUGUGAAGGUCUUAAUGAACAUGGAUGAUGAUAUCGUUGUUACUAAUGCAGUUUCACGGUUGACUGUUGCCCAUAUGUCCACCCUAAUUAACCAGAGCAUGUCCAAAGUCUUUGUUUGUGGAGUGAAAACAGAAUCGCAACAACUUGAACUAAAGAAUUUAUUUGAAAAAAUGGGCUGUAAAAACAUUAAACUUAUACCUCAGAAAUUCACUGAUAUUGAGCCAAUAGAUCCACGUUUACAGAAGGUUAAAGUUAUUCUGCUUGUGCCUCAGUGCUCAACAUCAGGCGUCAGCAAUCCAGUUGAGUUCAUCUUAAAUGAACAUGGAGACACAACUUUGCUGCAGGAACUUUCUCAAGGAAAAGUGUCAGAAGAGAAACUCAAACAGCUGGCCCAAAAACAAGCAGAGGAACUUGUGCACGCAAUUAAAUUUCCAAAGGUCCAGGCCAUUGUGUAUUCUACAUGCUCGGUUUAUGCUGAAGAAAAUGAGGAAAUAGUGAAACCAGUAUUGGGAAAAAAAAUAGAAGGGCCCAGAGUGCAACCUUACAGGCUAAGUGCUCCUGUUAUUCCCUUAUGUUGUCCAUCAGAAAUAACCUGCGCAUCUGAUAAAUUCUUCAAGAUUGAACCAUCAGAACAAGUCAAUGGAUGUUUUAUUGCUGUAUUGACUCGAGAGCGAGAUCCAUCAGGAGCAGUGUCUGUAAAGGAUGUUUUGGCUCGAGCUGCUGCAAAGGGACUACUGGAUGGAGUUGAGACACCCAGAAUUCGGAAAAAGGAAGAAAAGCGAAAGAAAAGCAAAGUCAUCACACCAAAAAUGGGAUCUUUCAGUGGAGCCCAGUCAAGGAUAACUGAAUUUUUAAAUGAACAGAAAUCAAUUACAGUUAAUGGAACUUCCACAGCCUCCCAGCAAUUAUCUAGAAGUGAGGCUAGUGCAACUGGGUCAAGUAUCAAAUUAACUCAACGAGUGCCUAUUCCUACCUUACCCGGCCGAGUGAAGAGAAAUAUUAGCAAUGCUUCUUCAGUGGGAAGGCUUGCUAGUAGGAAAGGAAGUGUAACUGGAACAAAACAAGAGUUGAAGUUGGUUUUAAAACCAGUAGAGAUGUUGCUUCCUCCAGUUACAAUACGAUACCUCAAUUCACAUGGGGUUCAAAACCAUGGUUACAACCAACCCUACCUCUUCCAGUACCAUGGAUUAACUAGUCAACCUGCUUUCCCUUAUUCACGUAAUGCUUUUGUGACUUCACUGGGUGUGAAAAAGCAAAGAGACACAGGUAUGUCUAUUUCGCGCAGGCAAACACGUCCUUGGCUUUAAGGUAAAAGAUGAACUGUAAAAAGUAUUUUAAAAUUUGAAUUGAAUCUUUAAUGCUUACAUUGAUGUUUUAUAUGAUUGUUUUAAAAUAUUUCCCUGUAUGUUUGAAGAAUCUUGUGUCUAUGAACUCAUUGCUGGACAAGCAACAUAAUUUGUGAGCUAGCUUAUGGCAAUAAAAAGUGCUAAAAAGUAACAUUUACAGUCAAUAAUCUUAAAUUUUAAGCAUACACACUUAGUCUUUCACUACACAUGCAGUCUAAUAACAAAUGUGCCUCAGAAAAGGGACCCUGAAUAAUUACAGGAAUAUUGUCACCAGCUAAACUAUAUUUAAAUUCUAUCCUAGUAAGAACCUUCUGAAGGGGUAAUUUCAGCAGCAUGUGUUCAUUCUCAUUCUCAUAGUUAACUUUAUGAAACAAAGUUGUGUUCUAAGUAUUAUGGGCAGAUUGUUAAGCCAGUCAGAAAAAUCACAUUGAGUCUGUUCUAUCAAACUAAUUUAAGUCAAAACCACACAACAUUUCUAGAUCAUUCUAGGCCACUUUGUUUUAGCAAUUUAAGAACCAAGUAUGGGGAUAAUAUGGAAUCCUAAUGGUUCUUGAUGAAAAUGGCAAAAAUAACUAGUUCUAGGGCUAUGUUCUAAGCAAAACUAAAAUAUUUAAAGAGAGAUAUUUUGUUUAGGUACUUCCUAUCUUUCAGAGAGACAUACAUUCUCCCCAAAAGCAAAACAGAAUUAGCCACUCUUUCAAGGAGACUUGAAUCCCGAAAAAGGUAUAUGUACUAUCUUUAUGCGAUAAAUAUUACUCAAUGCACCAAAGUGGAGUGACUGACCUUAGUUUGUUUCAAACAUGUACUGUUUGAGUUCUGCAGAUUAGAGCCUCAAAGAUCAAACAUUCUCUGUGAUUGUUCCACACAAAUUGAGGGGAACUAAAUAGUACUUAAUGUUAUUGGCUUUCCAAGUAAAGGAGAUUCCUGUCUAUUACUUAGCCUCUCAUAAUGAGUAGCAGCUUUGACUUUUAUUUUGAAUCUAUUGGGGCCAUACAGUGCAGGAAAGUUUGAAAAAUAGGAGACCUGCUGCUACCACUGUAUCUUAUUCUCUUUCGACUUCAAAAUCUGGGAAAUAGGGACAAACAAAAGGGAAAAAUGGAUAUUGUGGCACCAAAGGGAAAAUAUCUGAGUAAACACAAUUGGCAUGUUGAAAGUUUGGUUAUUUAAGGGAAGCCUGUUGUGCAUUUAAACUGGAAAACAUGCAAUUCGAUUAUAUGUAAAAUAGUGCAGAAGAAUAUCUGAGAUGUAGUUUAUUUAUAUCAAAAAGACUCUAUACUGUGAUCAAUAUCAGGUGUAUUCUUUGAACAAAAUAUUAUUAUUUGAUCGCAUUUAACAAAGUAAUAUGUUACCUUUGGUGGUCUCUAUAUGCUAGCCAUUUGACGUCUGUCUUUACCUGCUACAUAUUAAUAUCCAACACCCUCAUAUUUCUUGAAAACUAUCCUUUACUAUCCUAUCUGUGAGUGAAUUAACUCUUCCUAUCAUCUUCCCCUCCCUUGGCUUGAAUUCUAUGUCAAAUAAAGACACACACCUCUAACUGGAUAUCUUGAGAUGCUUCUGUGAAGGCCAAUAAAAUAUUUGAUGCAUCCUUGCACAUCAAAACUCCUGCCUCACUUUUGAGCCUUAAUAACCACAUUUAUUUAUGCAGGGUGAAGAAGGCAUUUACUGAAUUCUCUAUCCAUUCAAAGCUAAAGCUUUUGACAUACUCUCCAAGUCCAUUUUCAGCUUCAGUAGUUGGGUCUUUUUAGGGGCUAAUUAUUUUCUUUUAUACAGUUGAUUAAACCAUUGAGAUGUCAUUGGCAAGAUACAUCCCUGAAAUAUUUUACUUCAUUUCAUUCUCAGUUGAUAGACCAUAAACUUCCUGUUUUGAUCUCUAUUCAAUCUUUCAAUGUCUAACUCCAAAACACUACAUUUGUUUCAGACAGUUAUCAGAGUGCCAUAUCAACAUAUUUUCACCAUUCUUUUAGCCUAAAGCCAACUUGCAAAGUCUUUACCCUGCAUUUAGCCAACUCUUCAGUUUUGUCCGGUCUCUCAAUUCCUGUUAUGUAUCACGAUUGUAAUUAUUAUUGUCUUGCAGAAACUAUUAACAUUCUAUUGUAUCAGAAUUUAGAUAAUUUAUUUGGGAUUGACUUAAUCUCUACAGUUAUUAAUUUCCUCUUCCCCAUUAUUUAAUGCUGUUUUAAUGAAACUACAUUUUAUGUCUUUUUUACUAUAACUACAUUUUUUGUUGAACCAGUUCUAAGAAAACAGUUACUAGUAAUAAAGCCAAAUUAAGUAUCAAUAAGUGAUGUUUAACCUGUUUAAUCGAAGUUUUAAAAGCAGCAAUACCUUAUCAGUUUUGAAAGAAAGUUAGACAUCAAGCCUUUAAGUUAGCAUUGUACUAAAUAAAUGGUUAAGCCGUAAUAUAAUCGUGAGAAGAAAUAACUGAAAUUGAUAUUUGGAAACAGUGUAUUUUGUUUUGUGUGGUUUGGGAAUGGAUUUGAGAGUAUGAACAUAUACAAUUUAGCUUGUUGGGUUGGUUAAUCUACAGUAGUAAUUUAGAAUACAGCUCAUUGAAAAUGUUGCUGAAUUGUUGCUUAAAUUGUCAUAAUUGUAUGCAAAUAUCUUCAAAUUACUGGAGAAUAACAUGUAUGCCUAUUAUUGCAUAUACAUAUUUAAUUGCUAAUCAGAGUUUUGUUAUCAUUGCCAUUUGACUGAAAUAUUUAAUCAAAUUACUGUAUAAAUAAAGUAGGUCAUUAAUAGUUUAAACAGUGUUACUUCAUUCCUGAGUAAGUGUAUUAUGGACCAAUGUGGAGCUUGUGUUGGAUACAAGAAUACAAAUAGAGAAAAGAGACAUUGCCUGUACUACUUAUGGUAGCAAAAGAAUCCAAAAUUGCAGAAGAGAAAUUGCUAUUACUUACUUUUAAUGUAGAGAUUUUUCUUAUAUAAUUACAUUCAAUAAUAUGAAUAUGAAUCUAUAGAGGAGAACAUUAUAUAUAAACUUAAUGAGCAUGUUCUUAUUGCACUGAAAUGGGAAAAAUCUUAGGGAACUUUUAGAUAAGAAAGCGGUUGAAUAUCUUGUUCAAAUUUAUCACGUUUUCAGAGCAAUAUGACAGUAUGCGCCAUGACAGAACUAUUUUACCAUAAGUGUAAAGCAGAAUUCUGUUUUCCCCUAUUGUUGCAUGUUUUUAGCACCCAUGUCAAUGUGCUCUGGGACAAAGUAAUUAUUUUGUUCGCUGCUGAAAUUUAAAAGCACUGUGUGCAUCCACAAAUUGGCAUUGCCUAGCACUUCUGCCAUAGUCACCUGUCCUCAGUAUUGUCUCAAUGAGGAACCAAAGAAGGUGGCAAGCUUUUCAUUCCCAAAGCAUUUGUGUAAUGUUCAAAUGUUCAAAGCUCAGAUUCCUUUAAUACUCAACUUAUGGACCCUGACCCACUGAGAAUAUACUUUUGGGGCUUUUUUUUUUGGUUUAAAAAUAAAGAAUUCAUUACAAUAGGGCUGUGGUUCUCUUAUUAUC